GAGUAAUACCACACAGACGGUUGCCUGGUUCUCCCCCCCAGAAACUAUUGCAGAAGCGAUAGCAAUAAAAUUUCUCGGUGGUAACGUUGAACGAACAAUACUCUGAAUCUCCGCAAUGAUUCUGACAGGGAAGAUCUAACCAUGACAGCUCAAAUCCAUACACUAACGCCUUGUGCAUUUCAUCAUAAGAAACUAGUUUUCUUUUCAAACUCCGGAGCCCAGAUGUAGGAGUAACUAAUUUCACAUCACAACCAACUUGAAAAUCUUGAGCAAUUAAAUCACCAGCCAUAGCAUAAAUAUAAUACCCUUUUGAGUUUGGAUUGAUGAACGGAACAGUAUCAACAUAUUUAUGAUUGUUAGUUACUUGAUGGCUACAAUUCAAGUAUACUAUAUGCUCAAAAAUAAGGCUAUCAUCAUAAUAAUAUCCUGCUGCUUGGUAUGGAUCCGUACAGUAUUUCCUCUCCGAUUCAUAAGUAUCGCAGAAAUUUGACCGUGACAAGAAAUUGAGAGGAAGUGAAGAGCAAUUAGAUUCUUGAAUACCAGGAUCGACUAACCGGAUUGUGAAACUGUUGUAAUUGAUGGACUUGACAUGAUAUUUUGCAGAGUAUAAAUAUAAAGUUGUUACAUUAUUUUCACAAGAUAGCUCAUACCGGUUGUCUCCGCAGUGUCUUGGGUCAUCUUUUAAUCGGAAUGGAUACCUUAUGUUGGAAAUUUUGCCACAAGAAGAAGGUGGACAUGUAUGCUCUUGAUCAAAAGUACUACUACUACCGCUGCUGCUACCUUGUUGGAGUAGAUGUGAAAACGGCAAGAACACCACCAAUAUCACUUUCACCCACCACAUAGCAAUGAAACUGUUUUUGAUUGGAACAAAUAGUUUGAUCAGGCUACUGAUUCUUCUCCAGCUUAUCAAUAGCAUCCAUGGUCACAACGAGUGCAGAGAAUCAUCGUGUGGACCUUACAACCUGUUUAAUAUUCGAUUCCCCUUCCAACUUGUUAAGGAAUCACAAGAUCGAUGUGUUUAUCCUGAGUUUUGCCUAUAUUGUACUGAAAACAAGAGAACCAUGAUGGUGCUCUCAACCACUUCAGGUCCUAUCAAAUUCCUUGUCUAUGGCAUAGACUACGAAUCAAACAGAAUUUUAAUAUCAGACCUGGAUAAUUGCAUUGCCAAAACGUUUCUGACACUUAACAAUUCAUCAUUUCUACCUUACCGAUUUUAUUCAGAAUCAGAAACAACAAAAUUAUCUUUCUUCAAUUGUUCUUCAGUUAGGAAACAUCACUUGAGAAAUGUUUAUCAAAUAUCCGAUGAGUCUCAAGAUAUAAUCACUUGUCCAAUAUAUGUUUCUCAUUCCUACGACAGUGUUCUCGAUUUGGACCUUGCAUCGUGUACCAAGAUGUUUGACGUGUCAACCACCCUACACGACCUGAAAUAUAAUUUACUCACUCUAAGUUGGCCUAAACAAAAUUGUACAGAGUGCGAAGCGAAAGGCAUGAAAUGCAAAUGGAAGAACAACGACACAAAAGGAGACACAGAAUGUUUUGAUUGCAACAACAAAAGGAAAACAAUUCAAAUUCCAAAAUCACUUAUAUACGCCUCAACAGGUUCAAUUCUUAUGGGUCUGGUUCUCAUUGCAUUAUUUAAGAUACAUCUGUAUUUUAGAAAGAAAGAAGAGGAUCAAGUUAGAGUUGAUAAGUUCUUAGAGGAUUAUAGAGCACAGAAGCCCACUAGAUUUUCCUAUGCUGAUAUAAAAAGAAUUACGAAUGGAUUUAAGGAAAAACUUGGAGAAGGAGCUCAUGGAACUGUGUUUAAAGGACAGCUCUCAAGUGAGAUACUUGUGGCUGUUAAAAUUCUCAACAAUACAUCGGGAGAAGGUAAAGAGUUCAUCAAUGAAGUGGGAAUUAUGGGCAAAAUUCACCACAUCAAUGUUGUUCGCUUGCUUGGAUUUUGUGCAGAUGGAGUUCACCGUGCUCUUGUCUACAAUUUGUUUUCAAAUGGUUCGCUACAAAGUUUCAUAUUUUCACCCGAUAACAAAGACCAUUUCAUGGGGUGGACGAAGCUACAACAAAUUGCCAUUGGUAUUGCCAAAGGAAUCGAGUAUCUUCAUCAAGGUUGUAACAACCCAAUCAUUCACUUUGACAUCAACCCUCACAAUGUUUUGCUAGAUGACUCAUUCACUCCAAAAAUCUCAGAUUUCGGUCUGGCCAAAUUAUGUUCAAAGAAUCUUAGUGUUGUUUCCAUGACGGCUGCUAAGGGAACAUUGGGAUACAUGGCACCAGAAGUUCUAUCAAGAAAUUUUGGGAAUGUGUCACUUAAAUCAGAUAUUUACAGUUAUGGAAUGUUGGUUCUAGAAAUGGUUGGAGGGAGAAAGAAUGUAGACAUGUCAUCGUCUGCAGAAACUUUUAACGUGUUAUAUCCAGAAUGGAUCCAUAACUUAUUGGAAGGUGAUGUACAUAUUCAUAUUGAGGAUGAAAGUGAUGUUAAAAUUGCAAAGAAACUUGCAAUUGUUGGACUUUGGUGCAUUCAAUGGCAACCUAUAAACCGCCCAUCGAUAAAAAAUGUUGUGCAAAUGUUGGAAACAAGAGAGGACAUCCAGUUAAUUGUGCCUCCUAAUCCUUUUCACUCGACGACUUCGAUGACAACUAAUGAUCAAUACCAUUUGGCAAGAAGUACUUUCAAAAUGGAAGUGAUUCAAGAAUAAAUGAAGUUACUUCAAUCUAAAUUGUCUUAUUUCUGUAUCCCAAAAAAUAAAUUGUCUUAUUUGUA